AUGGCCAGCAAAAGUGUCGGACGCAUGUGUGUUGUAGCGGGAUGCAGCAAAAGACAGUCAGAUGGCGUGUCGGUUCAUGUUUUCCCCAAAGAUGAGCGUCUGCGAGCGGCCUGGUGUCGUUUUGUGAAGCUGACGAGGGCAGACUGGUCUGGUCCUUCGAAAUACACCGUUAUCUGCAGUGACCAUUUCAACGAGGAUUGCUAUGAGGUACAUUUCUCGCUCAUGAAGGACUUUGGGAUCCCAGCGAAGAAGCGUCCACGCCAGGGGUCCAUACCAAGCAUAUAUCCCAAGCGGAAAAGAGACCAACUGAACGAUGCGUUCCUGGAGUCUCCCCAUGUAACAUAUAUGGCAAGAAAUUAG